AUGGAAGACAAGUUACAUAGCAACUCAACCAUCACCAAUGGUUCAACUUCUAGCCAAAAACCACUUGAAGGCCAUAGCCUUUGGGAAGUAAUUACCAUUGCUACUGUAACAGCCAUUUUAAGUUUGAUAACCAUUGUGGGAAAUGUUCUUGUAAUGAUAUCCUUCAAAGUCAACAGCCAGCUCAAAACAGUGAACAAUUACUAUUUACUGAGUCUCGCAUGUGCAGACCUUAUAAUUGGAAUAUUUUCAAUGAAUCUUUAUACAUCAUACAUAUUAAUAGGGCACUGGUCUCUUGGAAUUUUGGCAUGUGAUUUAUGGCUAGCACUUGAUUAUGUAGCUAGUAAUGCUUCAGUAAUGAAUCUGUUAGUUAUCAGCUUUGACCGGUAUUUUUCUAUUACACGUCCCUUAACCUAUAGGGCUAAACGCACACCCAAAAGAGCUGGGAUUAUGAUUGGUUUAGCUUGGCUAAUUUCUUUCAUUCUGUGGGCACCUGUAAUCUUAUGCUGGCAGUACCUUGUAGGGGAGCGAACUGUCCCACCUGGAGAAUGUCAGAUACAAUUUUUGUACGAGCCUAUUGUCACCUUUGGUACCGCAAUUGCUGCUUUCUAUAUCCCAGUGUCAGUGAUGACUAUUUUAUACUGCCGCAUUUACAAAGAGACUGAAAAACGAACCAAGGACUUAGCUGAACUUCAGGGCUCCAGUUCUGUGACUGAGUUUGAAAUGAUAAAGCCUCAGAAAACACUGCUGAAAUCCUGCUUUAGCUGCAGGCAACAGAAUUUGACCAAAAGGGAACAAUCUCAGGCUUCGUGGUCUUCAUCCAGUCGAAGUACUUCUGCAACAGCAAAAGCAUCUCAGAUUCAAAACACCUGCCAAGACUGGUCUAGGGCAGAGCAGCUAACUACUUGCAGCAGCUACGCAUCAUCCGAGGAAGAGGAGAAAUGUCCCUCUGAUCCAGUCUUUCAAGUCGCUUAUAAGACCCCUGUUAAAGGGAAGGUUGAUGAGCAAAAAGAGGAGAAAAAGGAAGCUUUUAUCAAAGACCAACGUAAGGAGAAUGACUAUGAGACCCAGAAAUACUUUCUAACACCAACCAAAAGUCAUAUUCAAAAAAGUAAUAAAUGUGUAGCUUAUAAGUUCAGGUUGGUGGUUAAAGCUGAUGGUGCACCAGAAACUAACAAUGGCUGCCGAAAAGUAAAAAUCACUCCUUGUUCUGCCAGUUUAUCCAAAGACACUUCCAUCAAAAAUAUGGAUCCUAAUCUAAGUAAUCAAAUUACUAAAAGGAAAAGAAUGGUUCUUAUAAAGGAACGUAAAGCAGCCCAGACUUUAAGUGCUAUUCUUCUAGCUUUUAUAAUUACCUGGACACCCUACAAUAUUAUGGUAUUGGUCUCCACGUUCUGCUCAGAUUGCAUUCCUCCAACAUUGUGGCAUCUUGGCUACUGGUUGUGCUAUGUGAAUAGUACUGUUAACCCAAUUUGUUAUGCCUUGUGUAACAAAACAUUCAGGAAAACCUUUAAGUUGUUGCUCUUCUGUCAAUGGAAGAAGAAAAAAAUGGAAGAAAAAUUAUAUUGGCAGGGUAAUACAAAGCUGCCUUAA